AUGUUCCAGGAGAUUGAGCUGAAGGUGUGUGGUCUGUCGUCCCUGGACGUCCAAGAUGCUGUGGGGGAAACACAGCAGGAGGCUGAAGCUCUGUCCUCUAAACUAGAGCUACUCAAGAACAGCCUCGUCACCUUCCAGAAUAUUCUACAGGCAUCUCCUCAGAGAGAGCUCCCCCUAGAGGCGCGGAGGAGACGCAGCUCUAUCCAACUCAUCAGACAGAGCAGUCUACAGCAACAGAGGGAGCUGGGUCUGGGUCUGAGUGAGCAGAGGGAUCUGACCAAAGCUCUGGCCAGACAGGGCAGCAGGACCAGACUACAAAGCCUACUGACCUCAGAGGAGCAAGCACACAGUCCAGCCGGACCUUCUGCUGACGCUGCUGGACAGGAGGAGGAAGUGGCAUCACACAGGAAGUGGACGCACCUCCUCAGCAGACUGACCGACGCCCAGAGAGGGCCCACGGCUGAUCUGACCUCUGAUCCUGAGCACAGCGAGGUGUGUAUCCCUGCGGUGAGUGUGUGGAGCAGUUUAGCAGGUGACCAGAGUCUGCAAGACAUCACGGAACACCUCACACACCUCACACACCUCCGAGAGGUCACCCUCACUGCUGCUCAGGCCAGUCCUGACGAGCUGUCUCAGCGGAGGGUGGAUGAGGGGCUGUUUGAGCUGCUGUGUUCCCUGGAGCUCUCGCUGUCCUCCCUCUCAGCCCUGCUGCACACACACACACAGCCCUGCAGCCAGGAGCACACACACACACAGCAGCAGCUGCAGCAAGUACAGAGUAUAUCAGCUGUGCUGUCCUCAGUGGACUCUGAGCUGGCCUCUCUGGGUCCAGCUGUGUGUGGAGUUCUGUCCGGUUCCUGCUCCGGUUCCACUCCAGAGGCUGCCGGUUCCUGCUCCGGUUCCGCUGGUCCGUCAGAGUGCCUGGUGCUGGUCCAGCAGCACAUAGCUGAGGUCCAAACGAUGAUGACUACCUCACAGACGCAGCUGCAGGAGAGACUGGACACACACACUCAGCUACAGAGGCGUAUGAGUGAACUGCAUGCUUCCAUCCACACUAACCUCUCAGCUCCACAAUUCCCUCCCAACCUGCAAGACCUUCAGCACCAUCUACAGGUGGUUGCUGAGUUACAGCAGCAGUAUCAGGAGCAGGAGAGGCUCUUAACCAAUCUACAGAAGGAGGCAGAGUCACAGCAGCUGCCCUCCAGCCUAUCCCAGCAGGCCGUGCAGCUCGAGGCGGUGCUGGAGAGUGUGUGCUCGUCUCUGCAGCGGAGCAGCACUGGUGUGUGUGACACGCUGGAGAAGCAGCGGCUCCUCAGACGACUCGUCCAGGGCCUGCGGAACCUUCUGCUGCUGGCCAGAGACCGCAACACACACACUUAUCACCUGGACACACACACGCCAGCCCAGCUGCAGCAUCACAUCAGCACACAGGAGAAGCUCUUCCUGUCUGUGGAGGCGCACCUGCGGACGCUGCAGCACCUCUCUGAGCGCAUGAGCAGCAGCAGCAGCGCCCCCUGUGGAUGGGAGGGUGAAGUGCAGACGCUGGAGCAGGAGGUGCGUGAGGCCCACCAGGGGGCGCUAGAGAGACGCAUCCACCUGCACAGGAUCCUACAGGUACACCUCCUCCUCCUCCUCCUCUCUUCCACCUCCUCCUCCUCUUAA